GUAAGACAUUUUGCUGAAUAUUUGUGCCCUACCAGUUCAACACACUGGAACAGCUGUGCAUCAACUUCACCAAUGAGAAACUGCAACAGUUCUUCAACCACACCAUGUUUGUCCUGGAGCAAGAGGAGUACAAGAAGGAGGGUAUUGUCUGGGAGUUCAUUGACUUUGGCAUGGACUUGGCUGCCUGCAUUGAGCUGAUUGAAAAGCCCAUGGGCAUCUUCUCCAUCCUUGAAGAGGAGUGCAUGUUCCCCAAGGCCUCAGACACAUCCUUCAAGAACAAGCUGUAUGACCAGCAUCUUGGCAAAAACAGAGCAUUUGAGAAGCCAAAGCCUGCCAAAGGCAAGGCUGAGGCCCACUUCUCCCUGGUGCACUAUGCUGGUACUGUGGACUACAAUAUCUGUGGCUGGCUGGACAAGAACAAGGAUCCACUGAAUGAGUCUGUUCUGCAGCUCUACCAGAAAUCCUCAGUCAAACUGGUGGCUCAUCUGUAUCCUCCUGUUGUUGAAGGUAUGAAUGUAAUUGUAGUAAGGUCAAACACCUAACUGGGACAAUUCAUG